CGUACCACUCACCACCUCCCGCAAAUCGCCUCCUCCUCGCCUGAAUCGUCCUCUCCAAGAUGCGGUCGUCGCCGAGGAUGAAGAGAACACCAAGAGCCACCGCAGUCGGCUGCCUGCUCACCCUGCUUGCGUUCUCGUCUCUUUCGCAUGCAUGGAUGAUUCCUGGCUCGAGUCCGCGCUCUUACGCUCCCGGCGAUGCUGUGCCCUUCAGCGUCAAUACCCUGCAGCCGAUGACGGGAGCUUCAACGGGCCCCUCCAAUGGUCCUGGAUCAGGGACCGCCACGAACACUCUCAAUACGCUCAUCUCGCUAGACUACUAUGAUGAGCGGCUCCACUUCUGCCAGCCACAGGGAGGACCAGAGGCCCAGGUAGAGGGAUUGGGUAGCGCUUUGUUCGGAGAUCGUAUCUAUUCGAGUCCAGUGACGGCGAAUCUGUUGAAGGAAGAGAAGUGCAAGGUCAUUUGUAAGAGCAUGAUUCCCGGAUCGGACGCCACUUGGAUCAAUGACCGCAUCAAGGACCAGUAUGCUGUCAAUUGGAUGGUGGACGGCCUUCCAGUUGCGACAAAGAAGAUUGCUGAUCGCACAAAUGAGAUCUUCUACUCCAUCGGCUUCCCUCUGGGAAGACUGUUCGACGAUCACGGAGCUCCCUACGAUCCUCCGGCUCUCAACAAUCACCUGAAUCUCUACAUCGAGUAUCAUCAGAGGAGUCCCGGCGAAUACAGAAUCGUCGGCGCUUAUAUCCACCCAGAGUCACGGAAUUCCCUUGGUCACAACGGCGAGGCGCUGAAUUGCGAAGCGACAGAUCCCCUGAGACUGUCUCAAUUCGGAGAGGCGCCGGCCUCCUCGGUCAAGGAGAUCGCCUACACAAUGGACAUCUAUUGGAAGGAGAGCAGCACGCCCUGGGCCACGAGGUGGGAUGCGUAUCUGAGAGUCUUUGACGCCAAGGUGCACAUGUUUGCGCUCUUCAACUCCAUUGUUGUGGUUGCGUUCUUGUGUCUGAUGGUUGCCAUGAUCCUGCUUCGCAGCGUCUCGAAGGACGUGAGCCGCUACAAUGCCCUCGAUCUAGACGAGGGCCUGCAAGAAGACUUUGGAUGGAAGCUUGUUCACGCCGAAGUCUUCCGGUCGCCUCCUCGUCCUCUGCUGCUUUCCAUUCUGAUCGGCACCGGCGCACAGCUUACAGCUAUGGCCGUUGUGACACUUACCUUUGCUCUGCUAGGAUUCUUGUCUCCCUCGAAUCGAGGAUCGCUAGCAACGGUGAUGCUGGUCGGAUGGUGUCUCUUCGGCUCCGUGGCUGGCUAUGUCUCUUCAAGAGCCUAUGCGACCUACGACGGUGAACACUGGCAACGCCAAGUAUUCGGUACUGCCACCCUCUUCCCAACGACCAUCUACGGCCUGCUAUCGCUGUUGAACCUGUUCCUCAUUGCCACUCAUUCUUCUGCUGCAGUCCCCUUUGGCACCUUCCUAGCCCUCGUCGUCCUCUGGUUUGCCAUUGAUGUGCCUCUGGUCUGCCUCGGAGCCUUCUUCGGCAUCAGGGCGGGUCCAUGGAACAAGCCAGUGCGGACAGCUUCCAUUCCCCGACAAAUUCCUCCCGGCCCAUGGUACCUCAAGCCCUGGCCCUCGAUGCUCAUGGGCGGUAUUCUCCCCUUCGGAGCCGCCUUCCUGGAGCUGCACUUCAUCCUCAAUUCCCUCUUCGGUACAAGAAUCUACUACGCCUUUGGCUUCCUCUUUGCCACAUUCGUCGUCACUGCUACCACCACUGCCACCGUCUCUGUCCUCUUCGUCUACUUUCACCUGUGCGCAGAAGAGUGGCGCUGGCAGUGGAAGUCCUUCAACAUCGGGGGAGGGUCCGCAGUGUGGCUCUUCAUCUAUGGCUUAUUCUAUUGGGCUAGCAGACUUAGUCUGCCAGGACUGGCGAAUAAGGUGCUGUACCUGAGCUACUUGAGCAUACUCUGCGUCAUGUGCUAUGCCCUGUUUGGCACCAUUGGCUACCUGGCGUCGUAUGCUGCUGUACAAAGGAUGUACAAGCGGAUCAGGAUCGACUAGAUGGGCAGGGCGUGAGAGAAGAGGGCACGAAGGAGUCUCGGGAGGCAGGAUCGCGGAUUCAGCAAGAGCAGUGGUCAAGCUAGGGAUGGUCUUGGUAUGCCGAACACCAUCGCCAUAGCUUGGCAAUGUCCUUUCAGAGUCGGCUCGACACUUGGUGAUCCCAUGCGCUCUACUACAUCAUCAUCACCAGUAAGGGAUUCGCGGAACAGUCGAUUAGCAAAUAGCAAUGACUCAAAAUGAAUCGGGUUUGCCAAUCUCGCCUCUGCUUUUGCUCCUCCGCCCGCUUCUCACAAUGGAUUGCUAAUGUGACAGGAUU